AUGGUUCUUCAUGCUAUCUUAGCUUUAGAAGAUCAAACUGAAACAAUAAUUGAUUUUUAUAAUAAGAUUAAUACAUCGGGAUCACUUUUAAAAGCAACAUCAUUUGAUUUAGAUACACAAUUAAAAUUGAAAUAUAUCAAUACUGUUCGAAUGGUUUCAUAUAAAAUUCCAAAUAAUAGAACUUUAUUUAGUAUUCGACUAAAAAGAAAUCUUAAUGAACAAAUAGCAUUGAUUGAAUUACGAUGUAAUAUAUCAAAUGUUUAUGUUCGAUUAGGAAAAAAUAUUCAUCAUCGAAUAUAUCGUUUAGAGAUGAUAUCAACAUCAAUAAAUACAAUACAGUCAUAUGAUCUUACCAAAUUUUUAAAUAAUUAUUAUCAACGUAAUAUUUAUUUAUUAUUAGAAUAUCCAAUUAUAAAACAUAGUUUAUCAAUUAUUUAUUAUUCUAAAUCAAAUAAAAAUUUAUUUACAUUUUCAACAACGAAAAAUUUCAAACGACGUUUUCGACGUACAAUAUUAUCAAAUAAUCCAAGUUUAACAUGUGCUAAACAUGAAUAUGAAAUUGAUUUUAAUCAAUUUACAUUUGGUCAAUGGAUCUUACAACCAAAACGUUUUAAUGCAUAUACAUGUUCAGGUUCAUGUCCAAAUCCAUUAUCACCACAAUAUUAUCCGUCAAAUCAUGCUAUUUUACUUAGUCUUAUACAUUCACAAAAAGAAUAUGGACAACAACCAUUAUGUGUACCUGUACGAUUAAAACCAUUAUGUUUACUUUAUUAUGAUCGAGAUGAACUUGUUAUUAAAUAUCAUCGAGAUAUGAUUGUACAAGAAUGUGGAUGUAGAUAA